AGAGAGAGAGAGAGAGAGAGAGAGAGAGUAAUCAAAAUAACCUUCAAGUAAAACAAAGUAGUCAUACCAUCAAGUCCAAAAAAUUCCUUUCCCAUGUCAUCCUAUUUCUUGUUACCAAAAACGAGGUUGCUGUAAUUUGGCUCACUUUUGCCAUAAAGGAUCCGGCAAGCCUGGACAGCCGUAAUGAAUUCUGUCUCCAUCUUGACCUGAUUUCAUCGGAACUGAACACAAAACAAAAACAGCGUGUCACUGUGUCACCGUCCCUGGACAGUGCGAUUUUUAAAAAAAAUGAAGACUGCGCUAUUAUUACAUUAAGUGCAAUCGGCCGGGUCAACCCGACCGCGAGACAAGAUCCGCGAUGUAGCGGAGACAUCUCCGGAUGUAGCAAGGCAAUUGUGCACUUCCGUCAAAAAGUUGUAGCGAACGUGCAGCUGGAGCGAAGUGAAAUGGUGUCGUCACUGCGUUUCAGUAGAAGGUUUAGAUUUAAAUAGGGUUUCCAAUGCAGGUUCACAUCGAAAGAUGAAUCCAUGCAGAAGACGUGUUGAUGUUUGUUGAUCUACAUAUUAGGCUGGACAGACUUUCCAUUAUAUGAGAUUCUCCAAGUGGCUUUGGAAGUUGGCAUAUUCGAUGACCUGGAGUCAUUCCAUAAGCCUGUGACGUCAAAAGACCUGGCUAGUGAAUUGAACUAUGACCCACUGGUACUGAAGCGACUUCUAGAUACUUUGGCAGCGAUGAAAAUUCUUUCGAAGGAAACUAUUUCAGGUCAGCAAGUGUAUUCCAACAACAGGACAGGGUCAGUGUUUUUAUGUAAGAAAAGUCAAAAGUGUCUCUCCAGCCAAGUGAUGAUGUUGGAGGUAACCCGUGAGAACCAUGCCCGUCGAUUUCCCGAGGCUUUGAAAAGAGGAUCAAAGGAUUUUCUCACAAAUUUCCUGAAGUGUGGACAGUUCGAAGAGCUCCAAAAUGGGGGCAAUGCUAAACUGAGAAAAGUGGCCAAUGGGAAAGGUGUGCGGUCACACAACGACAACACAAACGUGGAUCCAGCCUGGGACCACUCAGUUCUGGGCUUCCAUCGGGGUCUGGAAUGUUACAAGAUCCCCGCUGCUGACCUGAUUCCAGUCGCCUUUGACUUAAGCAGUCACGCACAUGCCGUGGACCUUGGGGGUGGGUCCGGCUACGUGGCCUAUUUGUUGGCCAAUCACUAUCCCAACCUUAAGAGUGUCACCAUAUUUGACCAGCCUUGUGUGACAGAGGAGCUCAAGGAGCGGAUUCAUCACUGGAGAUCCACAUCUCUCAAGGUGGCCUCGGGUGAUUUUUUCAAAGAUCCCUUGCCUCCAGCAGAUCUGUAUGUCAUGGGUCAAAUUAUCCAUGACUGGGGCGAUGACAAAGUAAAUAUUUUGUUGACGAACGUCUUCUCGUCAUUGCCGCCGGGUGGAGAGCUCUUGAUAUUUGAAAAAGUGAUGAAGGAGGACAAAAGCGGACCUCUUUCCCUGCUCACGUUUGACUGUCUUUUCGCUGCUGUGAGUGAGGGCCGAGAGAGAACUUUUUCCGAGUACAAGAAUCUUCUAGAACGCCAGGGCUUUACCAACACCAGGUGUCGCCCCUUUCACGGAGUCAACAUGAUCGACGCUAUCAUGACGCAAAAACCGUUUUGACACCAGAGCUCAUUUCUUACAAUGUAUUUUUUUAACUUGGAGACAAGGCCAAAGGGGUUUUAAGCAGACUGACUUGAAAAGUCUAGUGUACUCUUUUAAUAUUAUGUCAUAUUAUGUAGUCGUUCGCUGCCGAAGAUGACGAUGAAAUCCUGCAGCUCAUCUGUG